AUGGGCGGUCAUCUGGCGGAGUCUGCCUCCGAAAAGACGACACAGGAAGACGUGAGCGAACCCACGGCCUUGCCGCUGAACUCAUUACGAACUAUUCCGGACUAUAGCAGACGUAAUUCGAAUGAAACACCGGAUGGGCCCCAGCUCGGGCAUACAAUAAAUCCAGACACGGGCAAUCAGGACCAGCUGGCGAUAUUUGCGACGACACCACAUGUUGAAGCGGCUGCCGAUGUGCCAUACCACGUGUUUCGAAAGCGCACGAAGUAUCUCAUGGUUGCCCUGAUUGGUGUGGCUGGGACUUUGUCAGGCCUGACAUCUAGCACCUAUUUUCCAGAAUUUGACAUAUCACACCAACUAACCUCUCUUACAAUUACUACAUAUUCGCUCAUGCAGGGUAUAGGGGUCCUGCUAUGGGGAACCCUCUCGGAUAAGUUAGGGAGACGUCAAGCUUAUAUCUACUCCUUCAUCGUCUGCCUCGUUGCUAAUGGAGUUCUUUCCGGCUCCCCCAACCUGCCAAUUAUCUUCGUAUUCCGUGGCUUGCAGGCAUUCGGCAGCGCCUCCGUGAUCAGCAUUGGGAGCGGCUUCAUCCAGGAUAUUGCACCCCCUAUCGAGAUCGGUGGUUUUUUAAGUAUAUAUCAAGCGUUACGCAUGUUUGGCAUGGCCGUGGGUCCUGUAAUGGGCGGCGCUUUGGCCCAAAGAUUUGGAUUCCGUUCCAUAUUCAUUGCCCUCGCCAUAUUCAACGGCCUGAUCCUAGUGAUGAUCAUCGUGGUUCUGCCAGAGACGUUGAGAUCUGUGGUCGGGAAUGGCUCUGCGCGCGUCAAGGGCUUCAGAUACAAGCCUCUUUGGGAUUUUAGGGCGGGAGGGCAGUCAGACACCGCAAGCCCUUACCACAUGACCAAGCAGAAGAUCAAGUUGCGGGACUUCUUGGAGCCCCUAUGCAUGCUACGCGACAAGAAUACGCUGUUUUGCCUGGUUUUGGGUGGAGUCGCGUGCUCGAUGUGGAGUAUGAUGAAUGGCACCACGACGAUGAUUCUCGAAGAAAGGUUUAGCCUCAGCGAGCUUGAUAUAGGCCUGGCAUACUUGGCGAAUGGAUCCGGUACCUGUCUCGGAUCAGUCAUCCCCGGAUGGUUGAUGAAUAGGGACUUCCGCUCCACCGAAGCGAGGUACAGACAAGCCCACGGCAUGCCAGAUGAAAGCAAUAUAUUGCUCAAGGCUAUACCCAGUGACUUUCCGAUCGAAAAGGCACGACUCCGCCACGUCUUCUGGAUCAUCGUGAUGCUAUCGCUCUCGGUGGUCCUUUACGGUCUGGCGCUCUUGGACUCAUUUACAACAUCACGCCGGCGUUGGAUCGCCGUCCUCCUGGUUCUACAGUUCUUCAUCGCGGUGUUCGCAAACAUGAUAUUUGCCUUGACCUCUUGCCUCAUGACCGACUUAUACCCGGGGAAGGGCGCCAGCGCCACGGCGAUUAGUAACCUCGCGCGGAGCACUCUUUCUGCGGGUGCUGUUCCUCUCGUGCACUACAUGAUUAAAGGGAUUGGGGCCAUGCCAUCCUUUUGCGCCCUGGGUGGGGGUGUGCUCGUCUUGUGCAUGUCUGCGGCGGCAGUCAGCCGCACAUAUGGGAUGAAGUGGCGGGCGGAAACAUGAAGAGAAUGGGAUGAAUCAUGAGAGGGAGUUCAAAAGUCCAAUUGAAAUGUGAGCCAGGAACCCGGAG